AUGUGAAGAAUAGUCACACAAAAAAAAAAAAACCUUGCGAGGCCAUGGCGUCGUUUUGGAAGAAGUUGAAGGGAACGUCCGAGGGCAGGAUGUUGUGGUGGAGCAAACCGCCACGCAAAUGUUUGACGCGAGGAGACGACGUCAACCUCUCUCAGGAGAGCAGCGUCGCGUUGGUGCCGCCGAGGAAUCCAGACGAGCAGGAAGGAACGUCCCAGCUCGUCACUCCUGCGCACGAUAGUGUGGAAGUCAUCAAAGUGUACCUGGACGACAGACCCGAGACGGCGGACAGCGUCAGGAUGUUGACCGACGAAGUGUCGCAGAUACAAGAGGUGAGGUACUGUCUGAAGACUCUGAGGGAGCAGAUGGCGGCCAGACAAAACAGUAACAUCAAGAAGUAUCCCACCAAUGGCUACACAGUCAAUAACAUGCCGAACAACCUGACACCCGUCACCAAUGGCAACACCACUUACAGCUACGCUGGCCACGACGAGAGUGACGAUAAUCACGUGCAGCACCUGAGGGAAGAAACCAAGCGCCUCUACGCCCAGUUAACAGACACGGAGCGUCGGCACCGGGAGGAGAGAGAGAGGCUGCAGAUGGAGUCGGAGGAGCAGCGGGCAUGUCUGGAGGCGCAGUCGGAGCGUCUCCGGCGGGCGGAGACGGAGUCGUCGGAGCGAGGCCGGCGGGUGGAGGAACUGCAAAGGUUGCUGGGAAACUUGGAAGCAGAGAGCGGACUCCUGCGGGAGAAAAUGGCGGCCGGCGAGGCCGAACUACUGCGGCUUCAGGCGGACAAUGGCGAAGGAAAGGAGAAAGUGGAUAGGUGUGGCCAGUUGGAAACGGAGGUUGCCGUGCUGAAGGAGAAGAUCCACCACCUGGACGACAUGCUGAAGUGUCAACAGAGGAAAGUGCGAACUAUGAUUGAACAGCUGCAGAACUCCCGCACCAUCCUCCAGGAGCGAGAUCGAGUCAUCGGGGAUCUGGAGGAGAAGGUGGCCUUCCUGGAAGCUGAGAACCGAGAGAUGCACGACCACAUGGAACACUUCCUGUCGGGCCGGGACCCCCGACCCCUCAAGAGCGCCGAGAACAAGCCGGUCGUCAUCUACAGCAAACCUCUGAUGCCGUCCAACCACAGCAACAAGUCUCUCCCCUUCAUCAAAGUCAUCGAGAUCAAGUCAUGAAUGAAGGACACCGACCAGUCCUAAAGUGUAAAUAUGUAUUUAAUGAGUGCUUUUCAUCUCACUGCUGAUAAUCAAGUUGUUGUUUUUUGCCAACACUGAAUCAAGUGCACGUAUAACGUCUCUACAGAUAUGAGCGUGUAAUCCAGUUGAGUUGUAUUGAAUGUGAAUUUAAAACUUAGAUAUAGAUAUACACUAAAGUGCACUCUGUUUGUGUCCUAAAUCAGUGAAUAGAUUUUAUUUAAAGGCCAACACUUGCUAGUUUAGCCAUCUUGUGAACUGAACUGAGGCACAACUGAAUUUCAAUGACUCAGAAAUGUCAAGUGUUAGGGGACCACACUGUAAACAAAACAAAAGGUAAUUAUGUGAGAAUAAAGGUGUAAACCUGUAAGAAUGAAGUCUUUUUUUUUUUUUUAUUCUUUAAGAAAUAAAGUUGGAAUCCAAUGAG